UUGUAUUUUGUACUCGAUCUCAGCAAUAGAAGCGAUUUUAGCUCCCACAUUAACCUCUUCUGCUGCAACUUUGCUUAAAUAUUGUUUUUAUAUUAUUAGAGAAAUAUGGGUAGUGAUGAAGAAACGUCCAAAAAUAUCCAGUUUAAAAAGAGAAAUAGAAAACCAUUAAGGAAACGUGAAGUUCUCUCAGAUGAUGAUGACAGCGAGAAUGAGAAAACAUCACUUAGAGAGAAGGUCGAAGAAAUGAAAAUCGUUCAAAAACUUCGUGAAAGGCCGACAGGUAUCAAUGUUGUUGGCUUAGCUCUUGGAGAAAAUGUUGCAUCCGAUGUAAUAAUGUCAGAUCCAUUUAACAUGAAAACUGGAGGGAUGGUAAAUAUGGCUGUGUUAAAGAAUACAAAACAUAGACCAAAUGAUGCUUACGACACUGGUAUCGGAACACAAUUUAAUGCAGAAACCAAUAAACGUGACGAAGAUGAGGAAAUGGUCAAAUAUAUAGAAGAAGAGUUAUCAAAACGUAAAAGCAAGAAUAAUAAUGACGUAGUUAAUGGUACAAAUAAUGAAAAAGGUUCAUAUUGUUCGCCUGAAGAGGCAGCA